AUGGUCUCCUGCCCCGUCGGCCUGCUGCUGUACGGCUGGUCUCUCGAGAAGCGCUAUCACUGGAUCGUCCCGACCCUCGCUACCGUGCUGUGCAGCUUUUCGAUAUCGAGUAGCACCACCCCAAUCAUGGGCUACCUGGUGGACAUUUUUGGCGACCGCUCCGGUUGUGCGGUGAAUAGGUGCGCUCUGGUACGGAUCUUAAACCUUGCAAUUUUCUCCCUCUCGGACUCGGACGGUCAGAAAGAAUUUCUCUACUCUGACAGCCGACGGUUCCUGCAUCAAUCCAAAAUGAACCCGGACACGACCCCGCGGGGCCAGCAGAGAUGGACUAAGUUGAAUAACUUCAAAUUAGGUGACUAG